GGAUCUCAUAUUUUCCUCAUUUUCCCUGGUUUUCCACUAAAAUAUCCUCAAAUAAGUACUGUGAGAGUGUUUAAUAAAGUGUAUCUACGUACUGCACGCGAGAAAUCUCCGAAAUGUCUGAUACUGAAGUAGAUGUGACUCCCUCCUCCGACCCCGUGAUCGGGGGCCCCAUGGACAUCAACACCGCCCUGCAGGAGGUGCUGAAGAAGUCCCUGAUCGCCGAUGGACUCGUGCACGGCAUCCACCAGGCCUGCAAAUCCCUUGACAAACGCCAAGCUGUGCUGUGCAUCUUGGCCGAGAGUUGCGACGAGCCACAGUACAAGAAGCUGGUCACGGCGCUGUGCCACGAGCAUCAGAUCCCGCUGAUCCGCGUGGACUCCAACAAGAAGCUGGGCGAGUGGUCUGGCCUGUGUAAGAUCGACAAGGAGGGCAAGCCGAGGAAGGUGUGCGGCUGCUCUGUGGUGGUCAUCAAGGACUUUGGCGAGGAGACGCCGGCGCUGGACGUCAUCAAGGAGCAUCUGCGAUCGCAGAGUUAAGCCACAGGAAAAUGUGCUGAAUGUGUGUGGAAAUACAGGCUUCUUGUGCGCGAA